AGAAUUAAGUUUGGUUGCUUUUGAUUUUUUAGAUGCUUGCUUGUUAUCCAACAUAUCAUCGUCUUCUCGGGCUUUAAAAGUAGAACAUCAAUGAAGGAGAAGUAACCAAAGCUCCUUUCUCAUGGCUUCUACUUGUGUUACUGAUGCCUGGGUAUGGAUUAGCAACCUCCCACCCUUCCCUCAAUGGAACACAAACACUCUAUCCAUUUGCAUCUGUACUUCAAAAUCAUCACAAUCAUUGUUGAAAGUUUCAGUCACCAAAAACUUCCAAUGUCAUAGUCCUUAUGUCACAUUCUCAAUCUUGGCAGACAUCCAAAUCUCUAUCUCCCUCUGGACAUCCAAUUCACUCAUUCUGAAAGACAAAAAUCAGCAGUCCCUUGAUGAAGAUAUCAUAGUCCAACUCUUCCACAACAUCGUCAAUGGAGUCCUUCACUAUGGUCCCUUAAAGAAAUCAUCUUUCAGAUUUCCUGCAGUCCAAACUGGUGAAAAAUUCAGAGACAUGUUCAAUUUGGCAUUCAAAACUCUGAUUUUCCUUGUGUGCAUAUACGAAGCUCAACGGGACCUCCGUGUAGGAUGUCUUGACACUUUGAAGCAUCAGUUAACAAGUAAGCAGUCAAGAGAGGCAGCAAAGCAGCUUGCACGAGUUCUCGGAUCGAACAUGGAAGAACAAUGGAUGAGAUCAUUCGGCCUCGCAAUGACUAACUGGAUAGUAGAACUCAAGGCUUUAAACAACUCAAUUAGAACACCAUCUCCUUUGUUUUCCUAUGCCUUUUCAGCGACUGGACUGUGGAAAGUGCAGUUAUAUUGCCCAACUAUUGCCAUGAGUGUCGAAGAUCCAAAUAACAUAACUCAAGAUGAACGCUUGCUGUUCUCUCUGCAAUAUCAACAGCUUGAAGGUGUGAUACAACUAGCCUACAAAGUCAUUUUCCGCGAAAGCUGGAUCGAUGUUGUAGUGAAAGUCGAUAACAUAAGAUGCGACGUUGUUCCUCUUGUCUCCGAAACUCUUAUGUUUGAACAGGGGUAUGGCUCUGAGGAGAAACACUUCCCUUCUGGAAUAAGUAUGCAACUCACUCCAACUCUCCAAAGUGAUGUAAUGUCAGUUUCAGUAAGCAAAUCUUCAGAGAAUCCUACACAUGAAGUUGGGCUAGAGAAAGGCAUAGAAGGCUCAUUCGAUCCCCCGGGUUCUUACUUCGGUCUUAAAGUAUCAGCAACCGAAACUAUCACAACGAGCAUGAAGCCAUGGAAAUUCGAACAAUCGGUCAAUGGUAACAGCGCAAGCUUGAACUGGUUUCUCCAUGAUGGAGUGAAUGGAAAAGAGGUUCUCUCUACCAAACCUUCAAAACUUGCAUUGCUUCAUCCAAGAGCAUGGUUCAGAGACAGAUACUCAAGUGCUUACCGGCCGUUCACCAAACAAGGAGGAGUUAUCUUUGCCGGUGAUGAAUAUGGUGAUAGUGUGUGGUGGAAGGUGUGUGGCAGAGCUCUUGGAAAGACAAUGGAAUGGGAAAUCAAAGGCUGGAUUUGGUUAACAUACUGGCCUAAUAAGCAUACAAGUUUCCAUACUGAAACUAGAAAGUUAGAGUUCAAGGAGUCACUCUAUCUCCCCCUUCAAAAGUAGCAGAGACUCAGGACUAGUUUUAAGGGGAAUGCUUUUUUCUAUUAUAAAACAUGCUUAUGAAGUCUAAUUAUAGCUGCAGAACAUACAUGGCAUGAUGUGAAGAACAGCAGCAUGUAAAUAUUAUUAAGUGUUGCUACUAAAUUAACUACAAUGUUUCUUCCUCCCUCCCAAAAAUUUUAAUGCCUACAUUACUGCAUUAGUUGUUGUGAUUAUGCUCUUACAGUAGUUCAUUCUAAUGGAUAUAUUAAGAAAUUUUCUGAUUUC